CAAUGUCUGACGGAUUGGAAGGAGUUAUGGGUAGACGAGGCCUAUUGGCACCUCUUGUUCUCAGCGGUUCUCUUAGUCAUUAUGGUGUUGUGGAGGCCCACCAAUAAUAACCAACGAUACGCUUUCACUCCACUGUUGGACGCGAGCGAAGACGAGGACGAAGACAGAGACCAACAAAUACCUCACGAGGCGUUCGACGGCAUGAAAAUGCGAAACCACGGCAACAAUCACAUGGAGUCCGGAGAUAAGGAGGCCGUCAUCAGCAGAGAGACUGAGGAUCACCUGAAGUGGAUUGAGGCCAACAUCCCGACGUCGAUGAUAGACAACGCGCUGCCGGCGCUCAUCGACUCCGACGAGGAGAUAAUGACCACAAAGUUAGAGAUGAGUAAAAUGGAGUGA